CGUCUUCUCACCACCAGGCACCUUGUGUGAGGUCUGAAAAAGUGACGUUACUCACCGGUGUCUCUCUGAGUAAUAGGGCAAAGAAGGAGUAGUAUGUACUGCUGAAGAUGAACUUGUACAGAAACUUUGGGAGUCUAAUGGAAACCUGGGCGACAAACGCACAUGUGAAAUCCAACUGUGAGGACAUGGUUGGUUUGGGGAACGAACAGGUUCCUUUGGGUGGGAAAGUGGAGAGGAGGAAAGAUUGGAUGCCAAAGGAGCUUGUGGGGACAAUCCUGAGGUCAGAGUCAGAGGACAGCGGUGUGGAAAUGGCCAGCAUUGAAACGGAGAAUGCGCCGUCCACCCCUCACGGCUCGGUCAGCAGCUUUUUAUCCAUCAAAGAAGAGGAAAUGUGCACCACCGAGGAGAUGGGAAAAGUCGAGUGCCGCCCCUCGUCCCCACCCUCAUCUUACGACCUUUCCUCUCGCUCAUCCUCGUCUUCUUCACUGAACACAGUGGCCCAGGAGAAGUCUAAACCUUUAUCGAUGGGCUUGAAAGUGGAGCAGGCGCUUUGGCGUGCAGACCGAAGCAAUCAGCGGGUCCGUAAGAAGUCCACCAUCUCUCAGUCCACCCUGGCUCCCUCCCAUUACCGAGAAGACUCCGAUCCUCUGGACCCCUGUCACAUGGCCCCCUUGCUUCUGUGCCAUUCAUUGACCUCGGAAUCCAGAAUAGGUCAGAGGUCAGGAAGUCUUGGGGCAAGGAGAACAGCCCACCCACCUGCUUCAAUCCACAGACGUGGCAACUCGCUGAAGCAUCUAAAUCUCUGCCCGAGUGCAAAUCAGGUCUACCCACAGUUACAUUGUGAGGAAGAGGUCAGGGAUGCGUUCCCCACAGAUGGAAUCUCUCCAGGGCUUGGGUAUCUGGAACAAGUCUGCAGGUUGCUAGAAGAGAUUGCAAGGCUACAGACAAGUAACAAGGAAUUAAGGAGAGAGAAUGAGAGAGUCCACAGUCAGCUGAGAGUACAGAGUUGUCAGGUAAAACAGGAUAUGGGGUUUACCCAGCAUACUUCCUGUAAUAUGGGGGACGAUCUCAAAGCCAAUCAAACACCAGACAUUGAGAGACAUACGGACCCCUCAAGCCAAUCAACUCAUGAAGAUGAGUUUCUGCACCCUUGCCUGCGACGAAGGUCUAUGUCUGACACUAAAGCCUUCAUUAGACAUGUGGGAGGAUCAGAGAUGCAGUCACAGUGGAAUGUCAGCACUGGAGAUUUGCUGGAUCAGUUUGAUAGGAGCACGUAUUGUCAGCCAGGACAGAAGCAGCAGCACAGGAUGAAUACCCUGGAUGUCAAGCUGAAGACAGGCUCUUUGAAGAGCAACACAGUUCUAGAGAAACCUUCCAGACCAAAGAGGCCAUUCAGAUUGCUCUUCAAGAAAAGGACCAAGAACGUGUCUGUGUGCUGAACUGGAUUAUUCUGUAGAACUCCACAUCUGAAAGGGAGUAGAAAUUGCUGGAAGAUGACACGCCACCUGUACUGUAUGAGUAUCUGACACAAUAGUUUGGACCAGAAUGUCAGUCUCCAGUCUAAGAAGUUGAUACUUUCAUCACAUGACAGACCUUCAGAACUGAAGACCCUUUUUUUAAAAAAAAGAUUACUUGAGUAAACGUGACUCUCUCAUGAUGCUAGACUUGUGAUCAGCCCCUGCCUGUUCUGCAUGUAUCGUCUAUGUACUGAGGAGAGGUUUAAUGGCUAACCAUGGGAUUGUGAAAUGGGCUGUGUAGAUUUCUGCCUUUACAGCACAUAUGUACGAGAUAGUGAUUACUGGAAUGACUGGUUUUCAAAGAAAUACUUCAAAUACUCUGUAUAGCUUCCAACAUAUCCUCUGUUACAUCCAUCAGUGCUUGUAGUCUGCCUACAUAGAAUAAUGCUUUAUGUGCCAUAUACCGUAAGUCUCUGCAGUGGUUAAAGAUGAAGUAUUCAUGACGAUUCAUCUCAGAUCUAUUCUGUUAUAUUUUUCCUACUAAAUAGAAUGAAAUUUCAGGAAAAUCUGGACCGA